CGUGCACACAUCCCCGAGCCACCCGCGCGCCCAUGGAACUCUUCGAGACCAACCCUUAUUUUUUCCCGGACCAGAGGUUUUACGAUGGGGAAAAUUUCCUGGGCUCCCGCUUGCAGGGCUACGAGCCGGCGGCGUUCCCGGAGCGGCCUGAGGUGGCCCUGUGUCCCGAGGGCAGGGUGGCUUUGGAGGAGAAGGACUCAGCCCUGCCUGAGCAUUGUCCCGGGCAAUGCCUGCCCUGGGCCUGCAAGGUUUGCAAGCGGAAGACGGUCUCCAUCGACCGGCGGCGGGCAGCCACCCUGCGGGAGAAACGCAGGUUGAAGAAGGUGAACGAAGCCUUCGAGGCGUUGAAACGCAGCACCCUGCUCAACCCCAACCAGCGGCUGCCCAAGGUGGAAAUCCUGCGCAGCGCCAUCCAGUACAUCGAGCGCCUGCAGAGCUUGCUCAGCACCCUCAACCAGCAGGAGCGGGAGCAGAGGGACCUGCGCUUCCGCCCCGCCGCUCCCCAGCCUGGGGCAGCCAGCGAGUGCGGGUCCGGCAGCUCGUCCUGCAGCCCUGAGUGGAGCAGCCAGCUGGAGUUCGGCACCAACCCUGCGGGUAAGGUCCUCCCUGCCUCAUCCCGGUGUCCUGCAGCCUCGCUGGGCUCUAGCGUGGGGGGACAGCAGUGGGGGACACUGCAGCACUUGGAGCAGAGCAUCGCUGAGCCACCCCCCCCCCCCCCCCCCCCCCCCCUCCAAGAGGAGGUGCUCGGAGCAGAGGACAAAAGGAGCCUUGUCCUUCUCUCCCCACUGCUGCUGCAGAGAGAUGAUCUCCCCCCAGGCUCAUAAAUCCUCCAGCACCUCCUUGGCUCAAUGCUCUGCAAGUUCAGGCUUCUCCCUGAUUUCACCUGAUUUCACCAAGACGCCUGCUCUUAGGAGCUGAGAAACCAGACUGCAGCAGCCUGGGGUCCUGGUGGCUUGGGCCCCAUGAAGGGUUUGUCCAUCGCCAUCCCUUGGCUUGGCCUUGGCUGAGCAUCGCUGAACAUCAGUGCCCCAGGCUCCCUUUCCCUCCCCAUGCCUCUCUGCAGCUGCUGAUUUUUUUUCCAUUACUGCAUUUAUCCCCCCCGCCCCGCUAAAUCCACCUGUUUUUUUCCCCAGAAGGCAGAAACUUAAAUCUCAUUUUCCAAUGGGGAAUAAAACCUAAAAUGUGUCCAAAAGUUUCACUCCCUGUUGCCCUUUCCAGGGGAAGGUUUCAUCUCCUGCCAGGGUGGGAGCUGAGAGCAGGUCCCCAGGUCACUCUGGCCAGGCAGGGGAUCACAGGGUCUCCCCGCGCAGAGCCAGGAGCUGUCCCCAGCACAUGGACCCCAUCCCCAGCAGAGUCAUCAUCCCCUUGCUCUCUGCAGAUCACCUCCUGGCUGAUGACGCGACGGAGGACCGCAACCUCCACUCGCUCUCCUCCAUCGUGGAGAGCAUCGCCGUGGAGGACGUGGCCGUGACGUUCCAGG